CACCAAAGAAGACGCCCGCUGAUGACGCAAGCCUAAGCGCGACACGCCGACUGGAGAGACGAACGUGACUGCAGCGCUGUAAGGAUUUUCACCUGCUAAAAUGGUGAAGUCCGGAAAACUUCGAUCCGGAACAGCCCAGAAAAUCAGGCGAUGGAAGAAAGGCCACAGUAGUGACUCCAAUCCGGAGACAAGUCGCUAUAGAAAGGCCGCGAGAAGCAGAUAUUUCAGCCGUCCCUCUGAAAAAAGUGAUCUGACAGUAGAUGCCUUGAAACUCCACAAUGAGCUUCAGACAGGAUCUCUGCAGAGAAGCAGUGAUGCCGUGGAAGCAGGAGAUGCCAUGGAGGAUCAAGCCCUGACAGAGAAAACCUCUGGGACUUUUCUUAGUGGACUGUCAGACUGCUCCAACCUCACUUUUAGAAAAGUACAGCGCUACUGGGAGUCAAACUCUGCAGCACAUAAAGAGAUCUGUGCUGUAUUGGCGGCUGUAACCGAAGUGAUUCGGUCUCAGGGAGGAAAGGAGACCGAGACAGAGUACUUUGCAGCCUUGAUGACAACACUCGAAGCUGUAGAUAGCAGUGAAUCUCUGGCAGCUGUUGCCUACCUCCUAAACCUGGUCAUGAAAAGGAUGCCUGUGGCAGUGCUUAAGAAGAAGUUCUCAGACACAGCCAAGGCUUUACUAGAUGUCAUGUCAAACCAAGCCAGUUCUGACACUUUGUCCUGUCUGCGAUGGAUCAUAUCCUGUCUAGCGAAUUUGCUGCGUAAACAAGAUCUGUCAGUCUGGAGUUACCCUUCGACUCUACAGGUGUACCAUGGGCUUUUGAGCUUCACAGUGCACUCUAAACCAAAGGUGCGAAAAGCAGCGCAGCAGGGUGUUUGCCAAGUCCUUAAUUACAGCGACUUCAUGUUCUCCGAUAAUGCCCCAGCCCAUCACCCAGUUGCAGCCGCCACUGCCAAAUUCUGCUGCAAAGAAUUGGAGCAGUCAGGAGGCAGCAAAGAAGACACUACCACUCUGCACGUGCUUGGUCUUCUAAAAGACCUGCUGUCUGCUCUUCCUCUGAGCUCUGUAAAAUCUUGCUGUGAGACCCUUCUCCGUGUGAUGACCCUUAGCCAUGUGCUGGUAACAGCAAAUGCAAUGCAGGCUUUCCACGAGCUCUUCAACAGCAAGCCUAGUCCUGCCAGCAUGUCUGCAGAACUGAAUGCACAGAUCAUCACAGCUCUAUAUGACUAUGUUCCAAGUGAGAAUGAUCUGCAGCCUUUACUAGCAUGGCUUGCUGUAAUGGAAAAAGCCCAUGUUCAUCUUUCCAGUUUACAGAGCUCUCUGAGUAUUGGUCAUCUUCCUCGCCUCUUCUCUGUCACCAUGUCAUGUCUUCUGUCUCCACACACACAAGUAGUCUCUGCUGCGACUCAGACUCUGAAGACUCUGUUAAAUGAGUGUGUGGCUCCACAUAUGGCUGAGAUUGGAUCCGUUUUACCAAACACAUCAGCUGGAAAUGGGGCUUGCAUCCUAAAGAUGUUUCAUAUCGUGGAGGAAGGAUUGUCCUACCGUUUUCAUGCCUCCUGGCCAUUUGUGCUGCAGAUCUUGGGCUGUUUCUACCGAGCUGCAGGAAAACAGGCUCAUCCUAUUAUGAUAAAGAGUCUGCAGUCUCUCAGUGACCUGCGGGCCACCCCUCAGUUCCCCUUCUCUGGAGAGCUGGAUCUGGCUGUGGGCAGUGCGGUGGAGAGCAUGGGCCCAGAGGUGGUCCUGAAAGCUGUGCCCCUCUUCAUCACUGGAACAGAUGAUGACCUGGACUUCCCACGUAGCUGGCUGAUACCAGUCAUAAGAGAUCAUGUGAAAAACACUCAGUUGGCUUACUUCACCUCAUACUUUUUCCCUCUGGCAAACAAACUUAAACAGACAGCUGACGAACUGGAGCAGUCAGGACAGAAAUUGAUGGCUAAAGUGUAUCAGACUCUACAGAUGCAGAUUUGGACCAUGUUACCUGGGUUCUGCACUAAACCCACCGAUCUGCUGGCAUCAUUUAAGGGCAUUGCUCGGUCUCUGGGUAUGGCCCUGAAUGAUCGCCCUGACCUCCGUCUGUGCAUCUGCCAGUCCUUGCGGACUCUUAUCAACAAGAGCUGUGAAACAGAAGAGGAAAAGUCAGAAUUGCAAAGAUUUUCCAAGAACUUCCUUCCCAUCCUAUUUAAUGUCUACAGUCAGCAACCGAUACCUGGAGAGACGGCUUCUGCUAGAAUGGCCGUCCUGGAUACAAUUAGAGUCUACUUGAGCAUUACAGAACAGGCGAUGGUGUGCACAUUUCUGCAGAAAGCAUCAGAGAGACUCACCAGUGCAGACAACUCUGAGUUCACACGGCCUGCAGUUAUCGACUUGAUUGUGGCAAUGGCUCCGUUUGCAGAUGAAGCAUCCAUGACCCAGACAUUCAGUUUGAUUAAACCUUUUGUGGAGAACAAGGAUUCUAGAAUCCAGAAGAAAGCCUACCGUGUGCUGGAGGAAAUUUGUGGAGGAGAGAGUGCGUCUUGUAAGGCUUUUGUUCUGCAGAAUCUUGAGCAGCUGAAAACAAUGCUGAUGGACAGCCUGACGACAGCAGCCUCAUCUUCCAAACGACCUAGACUCAAGUGUCUGAUUCACAUAGUGAAGCAGCUGAAUGAAGAACACCGUGAUUUUAUUACAGCUCUGCUUCCUGAGGUCAUUACUUGCACUAAGGAAAUGUCUGUUGGUGCCCGCAAAAAUGCCUACAACCUUCUAGUUGAGAUCGGAAAUGCAUUUGUAAGGUUUUGUGGGAACACAAAGGAUGCCAUAUAUGAGUAUUUAGGCCAUGUGUUUAUUGGACUAACUGGCUCUGUAACGAUGAUCACCUGUACAGUUCUGGCUUUAACAAGACUAGUGUUCCAUUAUAAAGAUUCCAUUGACGUGUCCUCACUGGAGCUGCUGCUGCAAAAUGUGUGUCUGCUGCUUUCGAGCAGGACACGAGACGUCGUCAAAGCCUCUCUGGGUUUCCUAAAAGUCUUGCUCUUUUCUAUGGAUGUCAAGGUUUUAGCCAGCCAUAUUGCUGUUAUUAUGGAAGGCAUCAGCAAUAUGAAUGAUAUGCGAAGACAUUUUAGGGUGAAACUUAAGAACAUUUACACCAAGCUGAUUAGGAAAUUUGGAUUUGAGCUGGUCAAAAGCAUGUUGCCGGCUGAUCAACACAAGGUUCUAGUGAACAUCCGUAAAACAGAGGCCAGGAAUAAGAGACACAAACUCGUGAUCAAGACAGAAGAGGACGCAUCAGACACUGAGGAUGAGAAGCCUAAAGUGAAAGCGGAGAGUUUUGAGGACAUUCUGGCUGACACGGACUCCGACUCGGAUGAAGAUGAGAAGCCUAAAAAGGGUCAGAAGAAGCCAAUGAAAAAGGGCCAGGCCUGGUUAAAGGAGGGCGUAUCUGACGAACCACUCAACUUCCUUGAUCCAAAAGCAGCGCAUAGAGUUUUGGCCACCAACCCUAAUCUAAAGAAGACCAUCAAAACAGAGCAUGGAUUCAAGAUGACAUCCGAUGGAAGGCUGAUCAUCAAAGAGGAGGUCGAGGACGAUGAUUAUAAAACAAAAGAAGCUGAAAUGGAUGAUGUACUUGAAGAGGCUGGAGUCAAAACUAAGAAGAAUCCAAAAAGGAAAAUGCAUGAUGAUCUAGAUGAUGAUAUGGAUGUCGAACCUACAAUGAAAUACAAAGCUGGUGGCAUUGGAAUCCACAGGCCUCUGGAUAGAAGACCAGAGUUUGGGACGGACUAUAAAUCUAAGAAGGGAAAAGGUGAUGUUAAGAAGGAAGGCAAGUGUGACCCAUAUGCAUAUGUACCAUUGAAGAAAGCCCAGCUCAACCGCAGGAAAAAGGCCAAACUCCAAGGCCAGUUCAAAGGCAUGGUCAGAGGGGCCAAGAAAGGAGCGCGCUCUGGAUCGAGAAUACUGAAGAAGAGGAAAGCCUAAAGUGUGUUCUUGUUAUGGUUUUCCUAGAUCUGCCCCCAUUUCCCAUUGCGUGAUCAAAUUAAAGCUAGAGACUUCUUGUUUUCCUGUACAAAUGCUUUGAGAACUUCCUGUGGAAGCGUCUCUUCAAAAGAUGAUUUCAAGAGGUCCUAGUUGAUGUGUGCUGUGAUUUGGAUUUAAGAACAGUAGUAUGACAAUAGCUUUGUGCCAAAUGUAUUUAUGGACUUGCUAUUUUGGACAGAAAAUAAACUAUUCAGAAAACCUCAUAAAAACUACAAAUCCCAUUUUGCCUUCCAGUAUUCAUGUUUUGAACCCCCAAAAACAUUGACUAAUAUCAUGUUUCUACAGUUAAACGGUAGUGCUUUCUUAAAGCAUACCUAGAAUGAUUUCUAAAUUACUUCAUUAAAGUUAUAAAAACCUAGUUCCCACCUGCCCAUCAAAAAGUCAUUUAAAUCUCAUGAAUAUGGUACAGAGUGAUGGAUAUUGUGUGCUACAGUUUUUCAGCAGAGAAUAUUGUUGGUGUUAAUGUAGAUAGAUCCCAGCUGUGUGUGAGUGAACAAGGUCUGCUGGAGGUCAGACGUGUCCUCUUACUUAAUAAGCUCGACUGGAUUUUCCCUGAUGGGCCCUGUGAGAAUGGAGUGAUACAGACUCAGUUUAUGGUGGUGUCUGCUGAUUUUGAUAUCUAUCUUUCAUUUACAAUGCAUGACAAAGGCCUAUUAUUAAAGGGAUAAUUCGCCCAAAAAUGGUUCUGUCAUUAUUUACUUGUUCU